UUCAGAGCGGUCAGUCUGGAGCCAUGUCACAACAGAUGGAAGACAGCCAUAGAAGAUUCCUUCAAAAUAUGAUGGUCAAUAGUAUUAUUGACGAACAAGGGGCGAGGAUGCUGUAUCAGCACUGCUGUGAAACACACAACAUGCAGCAUGUCCCUGAUAAAAUGGACAAAUUCAUUGAUACCAUCAACUCAAAGCUGCAGCCCAUAUUCAUGCAGAUAACAAAAGGAAUGUCUGAAGACAGUGGCGAGCAGCACUACGCUCUGGUCAAUAUGGCUGAGACUGAUGUCACUAGAAUGUCGUCAAAUUAUGCGGACAAUGAACUGGAGCUCUUCAGGAAAGCAGUGGACCUGAUCAUAGGCUCUGAAACUGGCACGGCUUCCUCCACGGACUUUCUGAAUAGCGCUGACACCAUGACGUCCAAAAAGCUGAAGAAGAGUGAGACAGAGCAUCUCUUCAACCAAUUCGUGCAUGACAAGUGGCUCUGUGAGAAACGGGGUGAAUACAACUUGUCCACCAGAUGUAUCAUUGAGAUGGAGUCGUACAUCCGCACAAUGUAUCAAGACCAGGUCAAAGUCUGCCACAUCUGUCACUACAUUGCUUUCCAGUGCCAAAUAUGUGAGAAUCCGAUAUGUGGCAUAAAACUACACAACCCAUGUGUGGCCAGAUAUUUCAAAGGAAGAUCAGAGCCACGGUGUCCAGCAUGUGAUGAAUUUUGGCCUCAUGAAAUCCCUGAAGUCAGACUGCCCAGCUCUCAGUCCAGAAGAUGAGGACUUCAGUACAAAGUGUGUUUUUUCUUUGUUAAAGUUGUUAAAUAUAAUUUUCACAAAAAAUUGU